GAUAGUUUACAAAAGAUAUACACACAAAAAAAAUAAUUCAAGAAUUGGUUCUAUGAGAGCUAUUUUUGGAAAAUUAUUACUGAAUUGUACAGCAUUUGUUAGAAAUACAAAAUUAUCAAGAAAACCAAUUUCUUUUUCAAUUAGAAAAAAUAUUAUUAUGUCUGAAUCAAAUGAAUAUGAUUCUUGUUUUGAUAAUCCAAGAUUGGUAAUUAAGAAAGUUUUAGCUAAACCUCAGAGUGAAGGGAAUGGAGCUGUUGUUAGAAGAAGCAUUGGAAGGCAUGAAUUGAGGAAUCUUGAUCCUUUCCUCAUGUUGGAUGAAUUUUCAGUUUCUGCUCCUGCUGGUUUUCCUGAUCAUCCACACAGAGGUUUCGAGACAGUAACUUACAUGCUAGAGGGAGCUUUUACUCAUCAAGAUUUUGCUGGUCACAAGGGUACAAUCAAUACCGGUGAUGUGCAGUGGAUGACAGCAGGAAGAGGUAUAAUUCACUCCGAAAUGCCCGCAGGAGAAGGCAGUCAAAAAGGGUUGCAACUUUGGAUAAAUCUUUCUUCUAAGGACAAAAUGAUCGAGCCACGGUAUCAAGAACUGCUGGACGAGGACAUACCACAAGCAGAGAACAACGGGGUUCAAGUAAAAAUUAUAGCAGGUGAAGCGAUGGGAGUCCAAUCUCCAGUUUACACACGAACGCCUACAAUGUACCUCGAUUUCACCCUACAACCAACAGCUUACUACCAUCAAGCCAUCCCAGAGUCUUGGAAUGCGUUCGUGUAUAUAAUCGAAGGAGAAGGCGUCUUCGGAAUUCCAAAUUCGGGUCCAGUAUCAGCUCACCAUUGCUUGGUUUUAGGCCCCGGUGAAGGACUUAGUGUCUGGAACAAAUCUUCAAAGCCAUUGAGAUUUGUUCUGUUAGGUGGACAACCUCUCAACGAACCCGUGGUUCAACAUGGUCCUUUCGUGAUGAACUCACAAGACGAAAUUGAUCAAACUUUCGAGGAUUAUCAAUACUGCAAGAACGGUUUUGAGAAUGCUCGAUACUGGAGAUCCGGAUACUGAAGAAAUGAUUGGAGCUGAUAUAAUAAUUACUAUAAGCUAUGUUGCUUGGAAUCUUUGAAAAUGCAGAUAGGUGUGUGUGUCGGAUCCUUCAAAAGUAGUAUAACGUUUGAGGAUCCAACGUAGGUGCAACAACAUGUUCGGAGAGUAAGAGCAACAUAGACUAUAAGCCACAAAAUGCACCUUUUUUAUGUUUUUUUUUUUAAUUUAUUUCAUAAAUAUAUCCCUAGUAAAGAAAUAAUGGUUCAGUUUAUGUUGAUUUAUCCUUUGAAAAUUGUUCAAGUUAUUGUUAUUUAUUCUAAUAUUUAUCUAUAAUUGAGGGAUUAAAAUGUUA